CCCUGUUGGAUCGGCCAAGAUCGACAAGUCUCCGUCGCCGGCCCUCUUUCCGUCACUCGCUUUUCUUCUUUUUGCGACACUUUGUUCACGCCUAUUGUCUAAGACACCAUCCACAAUUUGUUUGUCAGAGAAAAGAAGUAAAACACCACCGGCCUUAUUCCGUCGCCCAGUCUCGCCAGUAUUCCCUCUAGAACUAGAUAGUUCUGGUCUUUUACAGCACAGAAAACUGGUUAUACCCCGCAAAAUACAACUCUGUCACCGUUGACACGAGGCUGGCUGGCUUUGCGCCGGAAGGCACGCCAAGUCUCCCCUUUUGACCCUAAUCUAAAAAAGCCAGAAUUGGUCGUCUGGAUUGCGGUCGGGUCAUCCUACCAGCGACAGGGGAAAAAAAAGAAAGAAAAAAAAAAUAACAGACCAUACCUACCUGGGUUUGUUAUUAUUUCGUAACCAACCUGGAUCGCACACACAAUCUUGGCGACCUCGAUCGACAACAUUGGGGGAAUCAAGUCGCCCGGGUACCUGCCUACCUAAGACAGGCCAAUCUAUCAGUGUUGUACAGUACUGGCUGCUUCUGAUACCGCUAGGAUUGUACUGUAAUAGGCAAUCGUCUGGUCAUUCUCUCCUGGCCCACCCGAUUCUCGUUAGGCAGUUUCCACGAGUCAAAUCGUGGACAACCUCGACUCGAACGGGGCUACGGCCUGCCCGUGCGCAACUUCCUUUAUCUACUUUCGUACCGUGAUUUUCAGCCAAUACCACUUCGACAACGGGCAAGCCAGUCAGUCAGUCACAUUUGCCUUAGCGACAGGAAGCGGCGACCAUCCGAUAUUGAGGUGGACUGACUUGAGUGCCCGCCGCCAUCAUGGCCGCUACGACGGCGACGUACUCGGGCGCAAUGCCGUCGCAGCCUUAUCCGCAAAUGCCCGCUUCCCCGACCCUCACGAACCCGGACAUGAUCCUCCCCGACUAUGACCGCCCGCCGUCAAUGGACCUCGACAGCGAAGAUCUCGACCGUUCCCAGUCGCCCCUCAUGAUGUGGAAAAACGCGCAGGGCUCAACCUCGAGCGUCGAUCUGACGCAACAGAUGUAUGCCGGGUCCAAUGCGACACUCGACGCCGCCUUUGUCGCCGGCGGCCCCAUCAGCCCCAUCACCCCGACGACACCCAUAAUAUACGGAAAUGGCACCAUGCUGUCCGACAUUGGCGAGGUCACGGAGGUGGAGAGCACACCGGGGAAACCGUGGACCUCGCGGCCCCGGGGAGCGUCGAGCGGCGCCGACAGCGUCAUGGACCCUAUAAACGAUGCUCUGCGGUCCUCGCCCACAAUGGGCCUUGAUGGCGUCAAGAAACUCGUCCGCAGGCCAAACGACCGUCAGAGGUCAGGCUCGAUGGACAGCACCAGCACCAUUACCACGCAGGACAGGACCAACAUCUUUGCCGACUUUGACGACUCAGCCAGUGUGGGAGACGACAGUGUGUUCUUGGGGGACGACGAGGAGAGCGUCGCCGACUCGUACAGACCAGACGAGCCGGCAAAGGCGCCAGUAGCCAGGCAGCCGCAACCAGAUGGCCGCAUAGCCCCGGCUGCUGCUGCCGCUGCCGCGGCGGCCGAACGGAGGGCUGCAAACGUCGGCAAGGAGACGGAAAAUAUGCAGGCGUCCCUCAGCCAACGCGCGGAGCUGAUUCUUGCCAAUGCGAAACGGAGACUGACCACGAUGGAAGGGAAUCUGAACCGAGCCCGCAACACGCUGCAUUCACACUCGCCCUCGCUGUCGUCGCUGGGCUCAGAGUGCUCAACUCCUUCACCCACUCGCGCUUUUGUCGUAUCCCCUGGACAUAGCAGGAUGGGCAGCGAAAACACGUUCCGAAUUGGUCUGCCAGUAAAGGUGUAUCCUCAGAGGUCUGCAAGCGCAAUGGGAGCUGCUGGUGGCUAUAGGCAACCACUCACAACCUCCAGGAGUGUCGACAACAUUCGUCACAGCGCCCAUGAUGGCCCCAGGUCAGACCAUAAGCUGUCGCCAGGUCUGCGCGAUGCUAGCUUGGCGCCGCUGAGUGAAAAUCAAGAUGAUGCGGAGGGGUCUGUCAUGAGCGAUGUACACCGAACUGCACAACCAUCAAGAAACUUUUUGAGCCCGACAUUUGGCUACCCUGAUGAAGAAAGGGUCAUAACCAGGUCGGCUUCUGUUAACCAGAUGCGCGAUCUGAAGGACCAGGUGCAGGAUCUCAAAGGAAAGAUUUCCAGUCUGCGAGACCAGGCGCGGGUUGACAGUAUACGGAGGAGAAGUUUCCAAAGUCUGCGCACCCCCAGCCCUUUUACACACGCACGCGUCGACCAGUGGUUUGAAGGAACCAACGGGGCCAAGACUAUUGGCACUUCUGCUGGACAGGCAGAUGAUGAAUCUACGACGGAGCGGAGCUUGUGGACCGGAGAAGUAGAAAUCCCAAUCGUCCGUGCGGAUCAAGAUUCAGACGAAAUAAUCAGUGCGGACAUUGCGGAGGACUCGGGGAUCAAGAUCCAGGUUGCAGACGCAAGUGAUGGUCUCUCUGCAGAUGAGAAUUUUGACACUGCCGAAGGAGAUCUCCAGGGUGACGACAUUAGUGAUAUGGUGACGGAGGAUGGCAAUUACGAUGACGAGAAUCUCGACUAUGCAAGCGAAAGCGGCGAAUCCGCAUACCACGACACGAUUCAGCAUCCGCUCUCCCACGAGGACAGAGAGGACGCCUUUGAUUACGAGCACUUCAUAUUGCACAGCGCCCUGGGAACUAUAAGCCAGCAGCGCCUGGCUCGACGGGAAAGAGGAAGCUUUAGUUCUGAGGAGUCGGUCGAGACCCAACGAGGCCCGCUGACGGAUUCAGAGCCGAUGAUGGCGAGUGUAGGUGGCAUGGGACUGCGUAGGAGUGCCAGCCACCUGUCCACAGGAACAAGCGCAUCAAAGGACUCAUUCGAAUCGUUCGCCACAGCAGACGAGGGUCGCGCUAGCCGUGAAGGUGGACGGAGGACAGCUGAAGGCAACAGGUCCCGGACGCAAACGCGAACACAGCACCGGGACGAUGCUGCUGCCGCAACGACUCCUACGAUCGCCGAGGAAUCCGAGACGUACUCUGGCUUUGUGACUCCCGUCGACGAAGGGGAUGUCGACCAUGAAAGCAGCAACGAGGGAAGCAGUCACGGUCGCAAUGAAUAUGCGGUAAAAUACUCACCACCGGUCGCUAGCGUUGCGCGUCGGCCUGCUAGCAGCGCAGCAACGCACAAGGCCAACCGACCGUCAGUGUCGUCACUUGAUUCUGCCGGCACGAUGCGAAGCUUCCCGCUUGUAUCGCGCAAGAAGGCAACAAGCUUGACUAGCAUUCCGAAUACGGAAAACCUGCGCAACAUUUCAGAACACCUUAUGAAUGAUGCUGCAGCCAUCUACGAACAGCGGGCCAGCAGCAGCUUCAGUGGCCGUUCGAGCCCUGUCAAGAAGACUAGCGCACUGGUUGAACCGAACACUCCGAUCGCGCUGCAACAGCUUUCGCGUGAAGAUCAGUUCCUCGUCGAGAGACUGGUUGCUAGCAUCGGCAAGUGCGUCCUAGGACUCACGGAGAACGGCAGAUCGAGUGCCGAGAGCCGGAUGCAUCGGAGGCGGCUGGACGCGGCCCGUAGGAUUCUCGAGGGCAUUGAUACUGUAUAGCAGUGAACACUAAUACUGUGAUAACUGUUCGACUUUUUUUUUCUUUUGUAUUCAAAAUGAGGUAAUGUGGACUUUUGUUUACGUUUUUGUACAUAUAAUGAUCCGGCUGGUACUCUGCCAAAGACUGGUUGUGUCCGUCAGAGUGUAUUUCCCCUUUUUUCUGUCUAGUUCUGGCUUCUUCCUUGCAAUCAAGCGGACUUUACAUUCUCGCGUGGUCUUCGGCUGUGGCUGGUUGACAUUUGGCGUUGGUAUAGCGCCCUUUUCUUCGCAUUGUCUGCUUUGAGCGACAACGGUCUCAAUGGCAUUACGGUGUAAGCCUGGUUGUGAUACCCCAUCAGUUCUUACUAGGACUUUUGGCAGUCUUCUCUUAAUUUGCUAUUCCUACCUAGGUACCUACCUCAGCAAUUUAGUCUUAUGGGCGCCUAUGAUUUGGUGAGUAGCCGAUCAAAAAAGGACAACGCUUCU